ACCUGCUUAUAUGUAUGCAUCAAGCUCGUUAUGUCCGAAAAAAUAAUUCGUCUGCAAGAAAAAUCGGCUCAUUUAUCUUUUCCGCGUUGCUCGUGUCGCUUCGAAGUUUUUUGUGCGCUGUGCAUUUUUCCGAAAAGGACGCCAACUAAGCUGUGAAACAGUUUCAUCUUGAUCAGAUUCCAAACAUGGCAUCCACAUUUGACAAUACUUACGGAUUCGGAAGUUCAAGAGCGUCUGACUUAAAUAGCGGUGGAUAUCAGCCUCGUCGUUCCAAUUGGAUUUGUUCAAAUUCCAGCUGCGCAGCAACUAACUUCGGUAAUCGGGAUGAGUGCUUCAAAUGUCAUGAAGAAAAAGGGGAUGCUGUAGAUGCUCCGGCCGACUCCAACUUUAAACCGCGUCAGCGAACUGAAUGGAUUUGCACCGAUACCAGUUGUGCAACGAAAAACUUUGGACACCGUACCGAAUGUUUUAAAUGCUACGCAGCGAAAGGUGAUGCCGAAGAUGUUGCAGCCGAGCCAUAUAAGCCUCGUGCAAGCGAUUGGAUUUGCACCAACUCAAGCUGUGCCCUCAAAAACUUUGGCAAUCGAUUUGAAUGCUUUAAGUGUCAUGAACCGAAGGGCGACGCACAAGAUGCUCCUGAAGAUUAUACACCGCCGGCGCGUCAGAAAAUGGAAUGGUACUGCACUGAUUCCAGUUGUGGAGCGAGAAAUUUCCAGAGUCGAACCGAAUGCUUCAAGUGUAGCGAACCGAAAGGUGAUGCCCAAGAUGUUCCAGCUGACUCUUCGGGUGGAAACAAAACUCGUGCGAACGAUUGGAUUUGUACAAACUCCAGCUGUGGAGUUAAGAAUUUCGGCAGUCGAAACGAAUGCUUUAAAUGUCAAGAACCGAAGGGAGACGCACAAGAUGCGCCAGAAGAUUCAUCGGGCGGCAAUCGUCCCAAAGACUGGAUUUGCUCAAGCUCCAGUUGCGGAGUAAAAAAUUUUGCAAGUCGCAGUGAAUGUUUCAAGUGUUCGGAACCGAAGGGAGAUGCUCAAGACGCACCUGACUCAGGAACUGGCGGUGCACAGGAUGAUAAGCCGAAGGAAUCGUAUAUUCCGACAGAAGCCAAUGAAGACGAGAUAUUCACCAUGAAUAUUGCUGCUGGCAUUAACUUUUGCAAACUGCAAGAUAUUCCCGUUACAGUAACCGGCGACAAUGUACCACCACCAUGCAGAAAUUUCGCUGAAGCAGAUCUUCGCCCGUUUGUCCUCGAAAAUAUUACGAGAAGUGGCUAUACUACCCCUACACCGGUACAACAGAAUGCUAUUCCGAUUAUAUCUUCCGGACGAGAUUUGAUGGCCUGUGCUCAAACUGGUUCGGGAAAAACUGCCGCAUUCCUUAUACCGAUCAUCAACAAACUAUUGACGGACGAGCGUGAUAUGAUGCCUGGGAGUCCGCAUGUUUUAAUCGUUUCUCCCACUAGAGAAUUAGUGACUCAGAUUUACUACGAAGCAAAGAAAUUUUCUGCCGGCAGCUUUCUCAAAGUCUGCCAAAUUUAUGGAGGCACCGUAACGAGCCAUCAAAGUUCUAACCUUGCUCACGGCUGUCAUAUUUUGGUGGCUACACCUGGACGUUUGCAACAUUUCUUGGACAGCGGAUACGUCGAUUUUAAAGCUAUCCGUUUUGCUGUACUUGAUGAGGCCGAUCGCAUGCUGGACAUGGGCUUCGUAGAAGCCGCUGAGAAAAUUAUGGGACAUCCGACAAUGGUUCCAGUUGGAACACGACAAACGCUCAUGUUUUCCGCAACAUUUGCUGAGGAAGUGAAGACUUUGGCCGCCAAGUAUCUCCAUGAUUAUCUGUUCUUGGCCAUUGGUGUCGUUGGUGGCGCUUCGCAGGACGUCGAACAGAUCAUCCACGCGGUUCCAAAACUUGAGAAGAGAGAGAAAUUAACCGAAAUUCUCGACGCUGAAGAUCCGAGCGGUACAAUUGUUUUCGUUGCGACACAACGGACUGCUGACUUUUUGGCCACAUUGAUGUCGGAGUCGAAACAUCCAACAACAUCGAUUCAUGGUGCUCGAUUGCAGAGUCAACGGGAACAAGCCCUUCGUGAUUUCAAAUCGAAUAACAUGAAAAUUUUAAUUGCAACGUCAGUUGCUGCCCGCGGUUUAGACAUACCGAACGUGAGCCACGUUAUAAAUUAUGAUCUGCCCAAGGAAAUUGACGACUAUGUUCACCGUAUUGGAAGAACUGGACGCGUCGGAAACAAAGGAAAAGCGACUAGUUUCUACGAUGAAGAACAGGAUGCAUCGCUUGUACCCGAUUUGAUAAAAGUAUUGGAAGGAGCAGGCCAGACUGUUCCCGAUUUUCUGCAAGGCGGUGGCGGUGGACAAACCGGCGGAGGCAACGCGGAUGAUGAGGAGUGGUAAUCGUUCCAUCUUUUUUCGCUUUCGUUCUUUUUUUUUCUGACGGAUAUCAUUUCCUUAACCUUAUUUUACUUGAAUUACAAAUCGGAAUGAAAAAAAAAGAAAUUUAGAAUCCAGAGAGAUUCAAUCAUUUUUGAUUGUAGCUAGUUAACUACAAUAAGACUUUGUUUAUCGGAAAUAUAAUGUUUGACGCAAAUA